GUAAAUUGUAAAUGCCUAUGUGUCUUCGCUAUAGUCACAGAUGGUAUUCAAAAUGCUGUGACUUUUCAACUGAUUUUACUUCCGAAUAAUUAGUCAUACCACUAACAUCAAAUGAUAUCUAGUGUACACUUUCACAGUUAUAUCCAUUGACAAUGUUAACAUCUAAUAAAAUUCGAAAUAGUAUAAAUCACAUAGAAGGCGAAGAAGGCGUUGAAUGGAGGCAAUUAGAAAACAAACACAUGUCAACCUCAUCUCCUUUAAUAUCAAAAACAAUAUCAUGUGAAGGAAAUAAUUUACUGUCGCCAAUAAUUCCAUUGCCACUGUCAUCACCUCUAGCCUCACCAUCAUCAUCCUACACAUCAGCUGCUACAACCAAACAGGAAUUCUUUAAUCGUCAAAAGUUGUAUAACAAUAGACCAAAACAAUUAAAUUUAAACACAUCCUCAUUAAAUUUAGGCUGGACACAAAGUCCAAGUUGUACAAAUUCAUAUAGUAGAGAAUUUUACUGUUUAUUCGAUCAUACCAGUAUAAAUGAUGAUGAAGAUGAGAAGACAGAAGUAUCAGUAAAUUCUGAAGAAAAGUUGAACGGAUCAAAGCGUACUAUCCCUACGAAUAACUCAACUGUCGGAGAUAUCUCCAGCGCUUAUAAUCUCUUCUCACGUCUGAUUAAUCACGCUAUCAAUGGACAACUACGUGUAUGCCGUUUUCGUAGUAUUUGUUGGCGUAUAUUUCUUGGUAUUCUACCAAGUGAUGUUAACAAUUGGUCGAAACAAUUAAAAACAGAUCGUGAAUAUUUUGCCAGAUUGAGUCAUCAAAUUAAUCCUGAUCCACACAAUAAUAAUAAUAGUAAUAAUAAUAAUAAUUCUAAUCAAAAUAACUUCACGAAUGAUCAUCCAUUAUCUUCGAAUACAACAAGUUUAUGGAAUAAAUAUUUUCAUGGUUUACAAAUUAAACGGUGUAUAGCUAAAGAUGUGGAUAGAACCUUUCCAAAUGUACAAUAUUUUCGUAGUCAAACAAUUCGUGAUAUUAUGAUUAAUUUAUUAUAUAUUUAUACAGAACAUCAAAAUAUAUCCUAUGAACAAGGUAUGCAUGAGAUAUUAGCACCAAUAUUAUUUGUUUUACACUGUGAUCUAAUUGCAUUUGAACAUGUACAAGAAAUGAAGCUUAUCUCAUCAGAUCUAUGGAACACGCUAAAUUAUGUAUUGAAUAGAGAAUAUUUUCAAGCUGAUGUGUAUACAAUAUUUGCUAAAGUGAUGAAUUCUAUUAAACAUUGGUAUCCUCAAUCAAAAUUGACCAAUAACUUAAUCAAUCUUAAUAAUCAUGGUGAUAAUAAGAAAGAGAAGGGAAUUAGAAGACUUACCUCUGUAGAAUUACCCGGUGGAAGACAAGAAAACAAUUUAAACCAAUCAAAAGAGAGGAGAAGAGUUUCUCAUAGUAACAGUAACACUAAUGGUAAUAAUAAGUCAAAUCAUUUCCAGCUUUAUUAUGAUCACAAUGAACUGGAAGAUAAAACUACCGACAACGUCGAAACAAACCGAAGACGAUCGAAUACAGAUGAAUAUUAUGACUAUCAUCAAGAUGGACAACAACAACAACACUAUCAAGAAGGAAAACAUCAGAAGUCCGGAUUCUACUUUGAUGAAAAAGAACACGCAAAACACAAUUGUUCCGGCUAUUGUUAUGUUGAAGAGAUACAUAAACAAUUAGUAUUAAAACAUCAUCCAAAAUUAUAUAGACAUUUAAAACAUUUAGAUAUUGAACCAAAACUGUUUGGUCUACGUUGGAUACGCCUGUUGUUUGGGCAUGAAUUCCCAUUACAAGAUUUAUUAUAUAUAUGGGAUUGUAUAUUUGCUAUUAAUGAUAAUUUAGCCUUUGUACCAUACAUGUAUUUAAGUAUGCUGUUACGUUUAGCUCCCCUGCUACUGAAAUAUGAAUUCGCUGAAUGCUUAACCUUACUGAUGAAUUAUCCAACUGGUAUAGAUGUUGCCUAUUUAGUCUACUUUGCUUUACAUUUAUAUAAACCUCAACUGUACUAUAAACCACCGAAUGCUUAUAAAUAUUACACAGACGACACUAGUAGUAGUAAUGACAAUGAUGAGAAUUAUCCGAAUAACAAUAACAAUGCACCCAAGAAGAUUCCUCAUUCUAAUCAUACUAUGAGCCAUAGAAAUAGUCAGUCCAGUAAUGACGGUAGCAUAAAAAGUAUGAAUUCCAAAGGUAGAUCAAGUAUUGGAGAAAAAACUAACAAUAUGAAUACUAUUUUUCACAGCUAUCAUAAAUCUAAUUCAGUAUUAUCACUUCCAUGUAUACGUGAUAAAAUAAGACUGAAAAUACAAAAUUCACCAAUGCUUAAUCGAUCGACCAGUUAUCGAGAGACAGAAAACACAAAUCAUACUACUACUAAUAAUAAUAACAGUGACAGUAGUAAUAAUAACAAUAAUGAUAAUAUUAUUAUUAAUAACGGUACAACUGUUGGUACAAUACGACGUAGUAAAAGUUUUAAAGAUUAUGAACAAUCAUUAAUGCUUAGCAGAGGUGUAUCUAUAACAGACUUAUUAAGUCUACAAAAGUUAAGUAAACAUUUCACAGGGAAUAAUGAUAAUGUUCAACUUUUAAAUAACCAUACUACUACUACUAAUAAUAAUAGUAGUAGUAGUAAUUCAUCAGUCGAUGAAAGUAAAUUUCCUCACAGGAAAGGUCAUACAAGUUUUAGUUCUGUAAAUCUUAAUCAUGAUUACUAUAAUACCAAUAGUAAUAAUAAUAAUAAUCGAACGCAUACCUCACUUUUCAUCGAACCAAACGUGAAUCAUGAUGCCUCUAGUAAUUACACAGAUUUGCAUUUAUCCGUACCACAAUUAACUAACAGCACAAAUUCUAUGCGUUGCAAUGGCUAUCAUCAUCAUCAUCCUGAUUCAAAGAAGAUAUCAAAUUUCACAACUAGUCUAAGUAAUUUAUUCACAAGUUAUGUAACAACAAAAUCAACUGCAAAUAAUCAUUUACAAACAUCUGGAAUAAAAUAUCCUUCAUUAUCAUCCGUUUAUAACAGUACUGGAAUGAUCAAUAUGAAAAAUAUCAAUAAUAAUAGUAACAAUGCUAACCAUAAUGAUAAUGACAGUACAGAUUCAUCUUUUAUGGAGACAACAGUACAACCAAAUCAACUGAACCAUCUUCCUAAAAGUUUAAUGGAUUCCUCUUCAUCCUCUUUAAAUAUAGAAGAUAUUCAGGAUAAUAAUAAGAACGAAUUGAAUGAAGAAACUCAUCUGCUUAUCGGGAAUUGUAUCAAAUCAUUAAGUAUGUGUGCAACACACUUAGAUAUGUACUUCAAUACUUCAACAACACAAGAUAAAAAUAACACCUAUAGAAGGACUAGUCUACAGGCUAGCUCGCUGUUUAAUUUCUCUUCAUCAGUAACAGAAACACUAGCGUCACCUGCAACAACAACAACAGACUUUCAAUAUCCCUGUCAACCGUAUACUUCAUAUCAACCUAGAAGAAAUUCAAGUAAUCCAGCCUAUUAUUCUCCAAGAUCAUCUCUUCCAGCAUCCCCGAUAUCACCUUAUUCAAUGCAUUUAUAUGAUCAAGCUUUAUUUACAGAUUUUGAUCAUUUAAAAUAUAUUCAAAACGAAAUUAAAACAACGCUAGAUAAUUUAAUAAAAUUUUUAUAUAAUCAUAUGGAUUUACCACAGGAAUUAACAGAUGCUAAAUUGAUAGACACGGUAAAACAAGACAGUAAUAUUGAUUUGUCAAAUUUACUAACAAAUCCAUUCAAUGAAGAGAUUAGUAUCACUUCACAGAAUGAUGAAUUACAAGUGCCAAGAAUUUCAAGAACUGUCUCACUAUCAUUGUCAUCACCAGCGUCGACAUCGGCAUCAACAACAGCCACAUCACCAACUUCUCCAACACACUUUUGA